CGUCAAUUGCGAAAAAUCGCCAUCUGGUGUUUGAUUUGUAAUCGUGUGUCAAUAUUGAAUGUUUUUGUUUUGUAUUCAAACAUUCACCAUAACCUCAAAAAGCGCGCUGAGUUACGUCAAAACGAAACAACAAAUGCUGUCACAACAACGCUCACUCACAGAAUGAUUUAAAUUUCGCAACAACAAGAAAAAAAAAAAUGGCACACGACGAGGAUUAUCUAUUUGCGUUGCAAUUGCAAAAUCAAUUAGAUGCUGAAGAGGAGACUGCAGCAAAUGACUGGUCCGCUCCAAUUGGUUGUAACAAGCGAAAAAACGAAGAAGUUGACAAUGUAUUGAAUGCAACACAGAAUCUCGUACAUCCAGACUGGGAAAAUAUUGACCCAACACCGGACAUUUUUUCGCUGUUCGGACAGUUUGACAUCAAGUUUUUCCAGAGAAAGUUGCAGUGCGUUGAAUUGGAAUGGAGCAAACGCAUGUAUCAGUGCGCGGGAAUAUGCUAUCAACGUCGCAACGGUUUGGGUAUAUCAAUCAUAAUUCGACUCAGCGAACCGUUGUUGAAGCUACGCAGUCGACGUGAUUUGAUUGAAACAAUGCUGCAUGAGAUGAUUCACGCUUAUUUGUUUGUUCUCAACAUUCGCGAAGGAAAUGGUGGCCAUGGACCAAAUUUCAAACGAAUCAUGGAGAGCAUCAAUCGAACAGCCGGUACAAAUAUCACCGUUUAUCACACAUUCCACGAUGAGGUUGCAUUGUACAAAACACACAUUUGGCGUUGCAAUGGCAUUUGCCAGCAUCGAAAGCCGUUUUAUGGCUGGGUCAAGCGUACGUCAAAUCGAGCGCCCGGGCCAAAUGAUAAUUGGUGGGCAAAACAUCAUGAAACAUGUGCAGGCACAUUCGUCAAAGUAUCGGCACCGGAACCAAAGACAAAAGCGAAGAAAGCUAAAGUGGAAGAUAAUAAAUUGCCAAAAAUAACCGACUGGUUGAACUCGUCAAAAACAAAUGCCAUUCCAUCAAAGGGAACAACUACAAAUCCACCAUCGGCUAGACCGGCUGGUGGUGGUUUCACAAAAAUGAACGGCGGCGGCACUGUUGUUCUUAAACCAACUGCCAAAAAUCAAACUUCAACACAAACCACUUUGGACAAUGUAGGCAGCAUUUUGAGCAGCGUCUCGGAUGCGACGGCUGGCGGUAAUCUGCGUAACGUUGUUGGUUUUCGUGAUUUGAAUGAUUCGGGCACAGGCACAAGCGUUAUUCAAAGACCGACAUUCCAAUCGGGUGGCUUUGUACUCGGAUCGUCAUCUGUCAACACGUCAUCGACCGUUUCACCGUCCGAAAAUAUUCGAAAUUUUUGGGCAAAUAAGUUUAACGACAAGAAAAAUGACCCAUCCGAAUCCAAAUCCCAAGCCGAUCGGCCCACCAAAAAACCGAAGGUCAUCGAAUCGACAAGUGCUUGGGAAGAAAUUGAUGAUGACAUCCUGAUCCAUUCAGUUCAAAACACAGUCAUUGAAAUUGAUGAUGGCAGCAAUGAUGGGUUUGAUGCUGGUGCUGUCGCAACUGUGAUACAGUCCACAAAUGAAACCAAGCCGAAAAUCUCAAUAAAAAAAGAACUGUUGGAUGAUUUGGGCGAAGAAGAUGAAAAUAUUGAAAUGAUUGAUGGCGAAUUUGAUGAUACGCUUAACGAAAGCUUGGACAUCCUAACUGACACCACGGUUAUCGAUGAGAUUUUCGGUACCGACACACUGAUGUCCGAUUUCAAUAACAUCAACAAUGUUGUGAUGAGUGAUCCGGAAAAUGUGGGCAAUUCAAAUAUGGAAAUUGUAACGUGUCCAAUUUGCGAAGACCAAAUGGCUCGAGGCGAACUGACUUGUCAUUUGGACGGUUGCAAUGGUAUUACAGUUAAAGUGAAUCCGCGGAAACGAGGCGUUAAGACGAAAGCAUUACCAUUCUAUAAGAACCAUGUGAAACCAUCGACAAGCCAAUCGUCAGUUCAGUCGAAAGCACGUAUCGAUCAAAACGAGCGCGAGUUGUUGCUUCAAGCCGGCUAUACACAAGAGCAAAUCGAUCGCUUGAAUGCCGAAACUCGUGAAGCCAAAGAAUACAACGAUCGAAUUAUGGACGAAUUGGCACAAGAUGAGCGUCAGCGACGUACCACAUCCGUCAUAACACAGCACACGACAAACAACGAAAUGGAAACGAUUACACUUGAUGACGAAAGCAACAGUCCCGUACCUGAAAAACUCCCGUGUCCUGUAUGCAACACACUAGUUGAUGCGAAUCAAAUUAAUCAGCACUUGGAUGAAUGUCUUCAAGGAAAUGUUUAAACCAUUCAUACAUUCACAUCUCCGAUCUGAUGCGCCAAUCAAUUCACCAUCGCCUUACAAUACACAUUACCGUCUCGUUUGAACAAAUACAUUUAAGAUUCUCAUGUUUUUUUCUCUCUUUGUAACAAUGUCAAAUAAAAUACACAAUCGAUUUAAAUAAUGUUUUCCGUAAAA